AUGGGAGGACCGAUCAUGAAAAAGACACCUAAAGAAGCAAUUGAAAUCGUAAAUGAACUUGCAGAGGAUGCCAAUCAGUGGGUUGUAGAGAAUUCUGAAAGGAAGGAGACUGUAGGGGUGCACCAAGUUGAUACUUACACUACAUUGCUGGCGCAUAUUGCAUCAAUUGCGAAGGAUGUGAAACAGUUGACUCUAGCCCAGGCUCAAAUGACGCAAUCAAUAACGUGUGAUUUUUGUGCAGGAAGGAAUCCUACUCAUGAAUGUCAACAAAGGUCAUUUACAGAAGAAGAGGUUAAUGUUGUUGGAAACUUUAACAAAGGGAACUAUCAAGAAGCAAACAAUUUUAAUGCAAUGGGGCAAAGGCAUCCUAGAUUCUCAUGGAGCUCACCAAAUGGUAGUUUGAAUGUGUGGCAACAGAACAAUAUAUCUGAAAGACUACCUGGAAAUCUUCCAAGUGACACAUUAAGGAACCCUAAGGAGCUGAAAGUUAUGACUUUGCGAAGUGGAAAAAAGUUAAAUGAUAAUUGUAAAAGCAAAGCUUGUGAAGUUACAAAGAGCCAAGAUGAGAAACAAGGAAGUAAAAAAGUAGUACGGAAGUCCAACGAAAUUCAGAAAGGAAAGGAGAAGUCAGAACUAGAAAUUGAUUCUAAAUACAUGCCUACAUUGCCUUUUUUUCAAAAGAUGAAACGAGAGAAGCUUGACAAGUAUUUUGGUAAGUUCUUAGAGAUGCUAAAACAACUACAUGUGAAUAUUCCUUUCACUGAGGUAAUCACUCAGAUGCCUGCAUAUGCUAAAUUUUUUAAGGAAGUUUUAUCCAGCAAGAGAAAAUUGGAGGAAACAUCAGUAGUCAAGUUGAAUGCUCAUUGUAGUGCCUUCCUUCAAAAUAAACUACGUCAAAAAUGUGGUGAUCUGGGUAGUUUCACUAUUCCAUGUGCAUUAGGGACUGCUAGAUUUGAGAAAUCCUUGUGUGACUCAGGAGAAUCUAUAAACCUCUUGCCUUUGUCCAUAUUCAAAAAGCUGGAAGAGAGCUCAGAAUCAUAA